GCCAGCGGAAAGACGCAUUUCACAGAGCGAUCGACUGAGAGCAGCGUCGACACAAACAACAAAAACGAGGCAAGAAAAAAAGUUCAGUGUUUCAUAAAUACAGAGAGCUAGUUUUAUUACACAUCCAACAAUAUGAGGGAAAUCGUGCACAUCCAAGCCGGCCAAUGCGGUAACCAGAUUGGAGCCAAAUUCUGGGAAAUCAUCUCCGAUGAGCACGGCAUUGACCCGACCGGCGCUUACCACGGAGACUCCGACCUCCAAUUGGAGAGGAUCAACGUGUACUACAAUGAGGCCAGCGGUGGCAAGUACGUGCCGAGGGCCAUCCUCGUCGACUUGGAACCCGGCACCAUGGACUCCGUGAGGUCCGGCCCGUUCGGUCAGAUCUUCAGGCCGGACAACUUCGUCUUCGGACAAUCCGGAGCCGGUAACAACUGGGCCAAGGGACAUUACACAGAGGGCGCCGAACUCGUCGACUCCGUUCUGGACGUGGUGAGGAAGGAAGCGGAAUCGUGCGAUUGCCUUCAAGGAUUCCAGCUGACGCACUCUUUGGGCGGCGGCACCGGAUCCGGUAUGGGAACUCUGCUCAUCUCGAAGAUCAGGGAGGAAUACCCGGACAGGAUCAUGAACACCUACUCGGUCGUACCGUCGCCGAAGGUCUCAGACACCGUCGUCGAACCCUACAACGCCACGCUCUCAGUCCACCAGCUCGUCGAGAACACCGACGAGACCUACUGCAUCGAUAACGAGGCUCUCUACGACAUCUGCUUCAGGACAUUGAAACUCACCACACCGACCUACGGAGAUCUCAACCAUCUCGUCUCACUCACGAUGUCCGGAGUCACCACCUGCCUUCGUUUCCCCGGUCAGCUGAACGCUGAUCUGAGGAAGUUGGCCGUCAACAUGGUACCGUUCCCACGUCUUCACUUCUUCAUGCCCGGCUUCGCUCCUCUCACCUCCAGAGGAAGCCAACAGUACAGGGCUCUCACUGUACCCGAACUCACCCAGCAGAUGUUCGACGCUAAGAACAUGAUGGCCGCCUGCGAUCCACGUCACGGCCGUUACCUCACCGUCGCCGCCGUCUUCAGAGGACGCAUGUCCAUGAAGGAAGUCGACGAGCAGAUGCUCAACAUCCAGAACAAGAACAGCUCGUACUUCGUCGAAUGGAUCCCGAACAACGUCAAGACCGCCGUCUGCGACAUCCCGCCGCGCGGUUUGAAGAUGUCCGCCACCUUCAUCGGCAACUCCACCGCCAUCCAGGAGCUCUUCAAGCGCAUCUCCGAGCAGUUCACCGCUAUGUUCAGGCGCAAGGCUUUCUUGCAUUGGUACACCGGCGAGGGCAUGGACGAGAUGGAAUUCACCGAAGCCGAAUCCAACAUGAACGAUCUGGUUUCCGAAUACCAGCAAUACCAGGAGGCCACCGCCGACGAGGACGCCGAAUUCGACGAGGAGCAGGAAGCCGAAGUCGACGAGAACUAAGUUAUUAUUCAACACUCCCCUCGAUAAAUCGAUAAAGAAGAAACAAAACAAAAAAAAAA